AUUUCCUUGGGCACAGGUUCUGUUACUGCCCUUUAUUUCCAUCAUCUUGCCUGGCGUGGAAUAGACAAAGUGAAAAACCACUCGAGAACAUCUAUUGUUUCAUGAGCUGUCAUCGAAGCCUGAAUCUUCUCUUGUGAGCUUCACUGAGAGAGGUUUUAUUAUCUCUUAUUCGACGGAUUUUGCUUCCUUCAGGGUAUUCCUUUGUGUCUCUGCCCAUUGUGUUGAAACAAACCAAGAAACACAAGACAUUUUGAACGGACAUAGCGGCUACACCCAGAACAAUGGACAUAUUAUAAAGUUUUCCUUUCUUGAUAUUACAAACAACCCUAUACGAAAAGUAGAACACACAUACACACAUCUAUCCAUGGACAGCACACGCCGCAUUGGGCAGAGGUUGAUCCUCCUAGCUCUCCUGUUCACAUCAGUCUGUGCUCAUUCAUGGGUGGAACAGCUUAUGGUUAUCGCAUCAAACGGAACCUUCAUCGGCUCCCCAGGGUAUCCUCGGGGUUAUGUCUCCCGCUCAGAUGGCUCGUUCAAUGACGGAUCUAUGACUUACAUACUCCCACGCGGCGGAGAGGCAAACGUCACUAAAUCGGAUAGUCUCUGCUCAGAGACUCAACGGAAACAAGACCAGACUGAUGGAUACCCACGAUUACAGGCGAGCGCGGGCGCCGCCGUUGCCCUCCGCUUCCAAGAAAACGGCCACGUAACAUUGCCGGAUACUCAGCUAGGGAAGCCAAAGAAUCGUGGAACAGUUUAUGUUUACGGCACCGCGGACCCGAAACAAGACGAAAAGCUUCUGGACGUUCAAAAUGUGUGGACUGCGGAUGGAACUGGUGGUGAUGGCCGCGGCGUUCUCCUGGGGACACGUAACUACGACGAUGGGCGCUGUUAUCAAGUAAAUGGUGGUGAAAUCUCUACGACCCGGCAAAAAGACUACCCACAUGAUGCGGACCAAGAUAUGGGAGGCGAUUUAUGGUGUCAAGCGGACAUCAAGAUCCCGAGCAGCGCACCAUCCGGUACGCCUUACACGCUUUACUGGGUUUGGGACUGGCCUACCGCGGCUGGGGUUGAUCCCGGUCUACCUGACGGAAAGCAAGAAAUGUAUACGACCUGCAUGGAUGUGGACGUCGGCAAAACCGAUAACACACUCAGUCGUACGGCCCAGGACGUGAAUUAUGACCACGACCAGUCCCUGAACGCGGCGGCUAUCCCGGAACAAUUCAACGAAAUCUUCAACUCUGAAUCAGGGGAGCCAACCGGGGGUACUUCUACUUCACAAUCAGUGGUGGCCUCGUCGAACACUACGGCAGCUCCCUCUGGGUCAUCCACGGUGCCACCCCUGGCGACAGUCACGGUAACUUCAUUUGUGACAUCUGUGCAGUAUGUCCAACCCACGGGCAGUGCUUAGACUCGGUCAGCGACGCCACCUUGUUGGGGUAAACGGUUUCUGGGAUGGGUGGCAUAUGUACAGUAGCUGGAUCGAACCAGUACCUGGGAUUACUUUCUUUCCCAUUUGAUUAGACAGGCCUAACUAAUAGGCGCACUGUCGUGAGCUUGGGGUUUUUUUUACUUACCCUCAAUUCCUCUUGCUUUCAUUUGUUCUGAAGUGGUUCUCUGGAAGAGCUCCAGACAUGUAUGUAAAAGAGGUACCGUUAAGUAUACAGCCAAAUAUUACUUUACCACAGCCAAAUGG